AUGGAUGAUGUUGUCAAUCAAGUGCUUGCUAUUUCCUACAUUGGUUCUGAGGCACUUUACAAUUCCAUUAUCUAUUUUUUCAAGGAAGCUCGGAAGUUGACUAGAGCUGUCAAUAUAUUUGAACACAUGCAGAAUAGCAGAAACUUGAAUUGUAGGCCUUCAAUUAGGACGUAUAAUAUUAUUUUUACGGCCUUUUUGAGUAGGGGAUCUAAUACUUACAUAAAUCACAUGUAUAUGGAGACCAUUAGGUCCCUGUUUAGGCAAAUGGUGGAUCAUGGGAUUGAACCUGAUAUUUACUCUUUGAAUUAUGUGAUUAAGGGGUAUGUACUUUCCCUUCAUGUCAAUGAUGCACUCAGAAUAUUCCAUCAGAUGGGUGUGCUGUGCAAUGAAAUGAAGAGUAAAGGGUUUAUCCCAAGUAGUACAUCAUACAACUCGCUUGUGAACGCUUUGGCUCUUAAUGGAGAGGUUGAGGAGGCACUGAAGUAUUUGUGGGAGAUGAUUGAGAAGCAAAGAUCAGCUGAAUUCAUUACUUAUGGGACAGUGCUUGAUGAAAUCUGCAGACAAGGAAAGGUUGGAGAGGCAAUGAGGUUGUUGAAGGAGUUCCUAGAGAUAGACCUUCUGAAUGGGCAUACUUACAGGAAGCUUCUAUAUGUGCUUGAAGAUGACUAUGGAGAUUCGAGUGCCCACUCUCAAUUCAGGUAG